AUGUGCCCAAAAACUUGCGGUUACUGCUGUUUGACUCCACAAUACCAUUGCAAUAACAAAGAAUUCCCUGGAGUUACUUGCUCAACAAUCAAACCAGCACAAUGCAAAGAUCCUAAAUGGCGCGAAAUCAUAGCUCGUGACUGUCCGAAUGUGUGCGGAUUCUGCAUGGAAGGUGGAUGUGUCGAUGCUGCUAUCGAAUGUGCCAAUGACAAGAGCAUCUGUCGUAAUGUUGAUAUGCAG